AUGAGAUAUAGACUUCUGUAUCGCCCAGCCCAUUUCCCGGUGAGAUAUAGACUUCUGUAUCGCCCCGCCCAUUUCCCCAUGAGAUAUAGACUUCUGUAUCGCCCAGCCCAUUUACCCAUGAGAUAUAGACUUCUGUAUCGCCCAGCCCAUUUACCCUUGAGAUAUAGACUUCUGUAUCGCCCCGCCCAUUUCCCCAUGAGAUAUAGACUUCUGUAUCGCCCAUUUCCCCAUGAGAUAUAGACUUCUGUAUCGCCCAGCCCAUUUACCCUUGAGAUAUAGACUUCUGUAUCACCCAGCCCAUUUACCCAUGAGAUAUAUACUUCUGUAUCGCCCAGCCCAUUUACAUUUACAUUACAUUUUAGUCAUUUAGCAGACGCUCUUAUCCAGAGCGACUUACAGUUAGUGCAUACAUAAUUUAUUUUAUUUUUCAUACUGGCCCCCCAUGGGAAUCGAACCCACAACCCUGGCGUUGCAAACGCCAUGCUCUACCAACUGAGCUACAUCCCUGCCGGUCAUUCCCUCCCCUAGACGACACUGGGCCAAUUGUGCGCCACCCCAAUCCUGGUUCGAAUCCAGGCUCUGUCGUAGCCGGUCACGACCCCAUGAGAUAUAGACUUCUGUAUCGCCCCGCCCAUUUCCCCAUGAGAUAUAGACUUCUGUAUCGCCCAGCCCAUUUCCCCAUGAGAUAUAGACUUCUGUAUCGCCCAGCCCAUUUACCCUUGAGAUAUAGACUUCUGUAUCGCCCCGCCCAUUUCCCCAUGAGAUAUAGACUUCUGUAUCGCCCCGCCCAUUUCCCCAUGAGAUAUAGACUUCUGUAUCGCCCAGCCCAUUUCCCCGUGAGAUAUAGACUUCUGUAUCGCCCAGCCCAUUUCCCCAUGAGAUAUAGACUUCUGUAUCGCCCAGCCCAUUUCCCCUUGAUUGGAGAGGACAGCAGCUUAAAGGGUAGACUUAGUUUCAACCAGUUUUACCAGACUGUUAUGUUUCCAUGUAUGUAGCUGGCUCUUCAUUGCUUCAGAUAUCAUACAUCAAAGCGUAAGGAAAGGGGUGAAACUGGGUUGAAACCGUGUUUCAUUAAUAAUUUAAGGCUACGUCCCAAAUGGCGCCCCCUAUUCCCUAUGUAGUGCACUACUUUUGACCAGGGCCCUGGCACCCUAUUCCCUAUGUAGUGCACUACUUUUGACCAGGAAGUAGGGUGUAAGACGCUGCAGUCUUGGUCAGUAGGAGGUGUAGUUAUUUGUAUUACAGUCAAAGAGGGUUCAUCAAAAGCAUUGGGAGGUGCCGAAGACGCGUGAAUGUAGGGACCAACGUUAUUGAUAAAAUAGCGCUACGUGCAGAUGUUAACUGAAAAGACUUGCAAAUUCUCAGGACAUGCAUGAUUCUAUACAACCUACCCUUUUGUUUGCAUAUAGUGUUGUGAUAAGAAUACACUUGUAAUAUCCCUGUUAUAAAAUUAACGGUUAGACCUAUUUAUUCACUAGUUGCCCGGGAUUUAAUGGAAAUACUAUAUUUCCCAAGGAGAUAUUUAAAGUAGGGCCCAGACUACAUUUUAAUAGGUUGGGCUACAAUUCAAUAUUUAAAGAGGGAGUAUUCUAUUUGCUCUGACUGGUCUCCGAAAGUUGAUCAUGGAGUUUGUGUGGACAGGGACAGGAGGCUCCUUAAACCAGGAUUUAGAAAGGAUAUUUUAUGGGAUUAAAUGACAAAUGAACUGUGGGCCUCAAGACUGGUUAAUCUGUGAUGUAUUACGGUGGAUCUCAGGACUGGUUAAUCUGUGCUGUAUUACCCUGGAUCUCAGGACUGGUUAAUCUGUGCUGUAUUACCCUGGAUCUCAGGACUGGUUAAUCUGUGAUGUAUUACCCUGGAUCUCAGGACUGGUUAAUCUGUGAUGUAUUACUGUGGAUCUCAGGACUGGUUAAUCUGUGAUGUAUUACCCUGGAUCUCAGGACUGGUUAAUCUGUGCUGUAUUACCCUGGAUCUCAGGACUGGUUAAUCUGUGCUGUAUUACCCUGGAUCUCAGGACUGGUUAAUCUGUGAUGUAUUACCCUGGAUCUCAGGACUGGUUAAUCUGUGAUGUAUUACUGUGGAUCUCAGGACUGGUUAAUCUGUGAUGUAUUACCCUGGAUCUCAGGACUGGUUAAUCUGUGCUGUAUUACCCUGGAUCUCAGGACUGGUUAAUCUGUGAUGUAUUACCCUGGAUCUCAGGACUGGUUAAUCUGUGAUGUAUUACCCUGGAUCUCAGGACUGGUUAAUCUGUGAUGUAUUACUGUGGAUCUCAGGACUGGUUAAUCUGUGAUGUAUUACCCUGGAUCUCAGGACUGGUUAAUCUGUGCUGUAUUACCCUGGAUCUCAGGACUGGUUAAUCUGUGAUGUAUUACCGUGGAUCUCAGGACUGGUUAAUAUGUGAUGUAUUACCGUGGAUCUCAGGACUGGUUAAUCUGUGCUGUAUUACCCUGGAUCUCAGGAUUGGUUAAUCUGUGCUGUAUUACUGUGGAUCUCAGGACUGGUUAAUCUGUGCUGUAUUACCCUGGAUCUCAGGACUGGUUAAUCUGUGCUGUAUUACUGGUUAAUCUGUGAUGUAUUACCCUGGAUCUCAGGACUGGUUAAUCUGUGAUGUAUUACCCUGGAUCUCAGGACUGGUUAAUCUGUGAUGUAUUACCCUGGAUCUCAGGACUGGUUAAUCUGUGAUGUAUUACCCUGGAUCUCAGGACUGGUUAAUCUGUGAUGUAUUACCCUGGAUCUCAGGACUGGUUAAUCUGUGAUGUAUUACCCUGGAUCUCAGGACUGAUUAAUCUGUGAUGUAUUACCCUGGCCAGGAUUAGACCUGUUGAACCACAACCCUACUGCCUUUCUAUGCCUUAACUAUUCCAAGGUUGCCAGAAAAUAAAGCAGCGGCGUAAGAAUCAAUUCUAAGGUGUCAAAAAUAAUGUGAUGCUGAGAAGGUUAUCCCAAAUUGUUUGACCGUAAUGCUUUCUAGACUAGCGUUUUGAGUUUAAGAGUUGUUUGCAAACACAACGACAGUAGAUUUGCUAGACUUUGGCUCAAGCCGAUAUACAUGAUCACCUGGGGGUUUUGGAACAGAUGGCCGUAGAAUCUUAACACCCCUCAAGCUCAGCAUUUUUAGGAAUCACUGAUUGGAUGGUAAAGACAGGAGGAGUUACCUUUUACAUAAAACACAGAUUCAUCUAGGAAUAGAGUGCGUUCCAAAUGGCACCCCGUUCCCUAUAUAGUGCACUACCUUUGACCAGGGCACGUUAGACCAGAGCCUUAUCUGCCUUAGAGUAGGGCGCUAUAUAGGGGAAGGAGUGCCAUUUGGGGGUCAAUCCUACUCUAUUUCUGUUAAGAUGGGCGCCGCGUCACAGACCAGCAGUUUGGAAUUCGCUGUUUAAUCUUGCGUAACCAGAAUUUGCCCUUUUUUAAUAGUUCAGUUUUCUCCUAUGGGCAACGUCAUAUAGGCUGUGUCCCAAAUUACACCCUAUUCCCUAUAUAGUGCACUACUUUUGACCAAGGGCCCAUAGGAAAUAGGGGGUGCCAUUUGGGACGUAGCAAUAAAACCUUCUGCUAUGUUAUGUGGUCCUCUGUAGCUCAGCUGAUAGAGCACGGCGCUUGUAACGCCAAGGUAGUGGGUUCGAUCCCCGGGACCACCCAUACACAAAAAUGUAUGCACGCAUGACUGUAAGUCGCUUUGGAUAAAAGCGUCUGCUAAAUGGUAUAUUAUUAUUAUUAUUAUUAUUAUGCUCUAGUGGAAUAUAAACAUCUCCUUUUCACAUGUUUAAAUGUAGCAAUACAGUGCAGGGAUGUAACCCACUAAGUCCCCCCCCCCCCCCCUCCAUCUGUGGGCUGUGGUGGGUCAUCAUGACCCCCUCAACCACCCCUCCUUGAUCGAAUGCAUGGCUUCCAUGUAGUGAUUCCAUCUGCCCCCCCCCCCCACACCUUCACAAGCCUGAGCCUACACCAGAUGACAUCACAAUAGCCCUGUCCUGCCCUAUGAGACAGAGACAGGCUGACUCAGAGUUUACAUCCCAAAUGGCACCCUUAUUCCCUACGUAGUACACUACUUUUGACCAGGCCGGGGCCCAAAAGUAGUGCACUUUAUAGGGAAUAGGGUGCCAUUUUGGGACGUAGCCUAGGUGUGUGUGCGUGAGUUGAUUCCUCCGGCCUGGUGUCAUCUCUCUGGUCAAACCUAUGACAUGAUGCAUGUUCCACAUCGUAUGUCUCUUGGCAGUGCAUGAAGGGUUAUAGGUGCCCUGCUAACCACCCCAAGGUCUUGUGCAAUGAGCAUCUACUGUAUGAUGAAUAGUCAUGUAAACUCGUGAUAAAAAUCAUUAACAAUGUGUGUUCCGGAGGGAACUAUGUCUCUUCAAAAUGUUUACGAAAUCUGACUGUUUAUAUAUUUUUCUCUGUUAGUGCCAAUGUCUACUUAAUUAAUGUACAUGGUGUCCUGUGCACUGUAUUGCUUUUGGUCAUAUCAUUAUUAACAUCAAUUGUAAAGCAAAUCUCGUGAGAGAUUUUGAGAUGUCUGUCUCUGAUUAUAGGUGUAUUCCACUGUCUAUUUCAGUUUAGUACGAGUCAGUUUUUAUUUUCUAAAAUCUGAAGACAAGUCUAAGGCAUCCUUCAGUGACUCCUCCCUGACUUGUCCAAUCUGAAGACUGGUCUGAGGCAGCCUUCAGUGACUCCUCCCAGACUCUUGUCUUGUUCAUAUGACUCCCUCAGUAUAAGGCUAAUAAUGUGUUUGUUUUACGUGCUCCUCCCAGCUGGUGCUCCCGGAGUAUCUCAUCCAUGUGUUCUUCUGCGUGAUGUUCCUGUGUGCUGCGGAGUGGCUCACCCUGGGCCUCAACAUGCCACUGCUGGCCUACCACGUCUGGAGGUACUUACAGGUCUAGAACAAUCUUGACUUUGGCCCGGGAUUCAACCCUUGGAGCGCUGUCGGACAAUGUGCUUUUUUAAAAAGGCAAUGUUUCCGCGUGAGCACAGAUCACAUUAAUGGUAAAAUGCUGCAGAUGUCGGCUCAAUCUGAAAAUUACCUUUAAAUGUCAAGCACGCUAUUAUGCUGGAUCAGAUUGAGUCCAAGCCUUACAUUACAACAUUCCCUGUUGACUUUCAACCUUUAGAUAUUCUUGCAAUUUUCAUUUUUCAUGAUUUGUUGAAAACAACUUGAUUUAAUCUCGGACUGGGUGGCUGAUUUCUGCUUGGUUAUGCUCCCAUUUGGUAAUGCUGCAUUUCAGUGUUUAGUAUUGUUUCUACAGAAACCAGUGUAAUUUACUUAGAAACCAAAGCUGACCACAGCAAUGUGUCCUGUUUCAUUACUGGUAUACGACUAAAUGUUUCAUAUGUUUCUGAAAGUAUAUCAUACAUUUGUCUCGAAUGUUUCUCUGCAGGUAUAUGAGCAGGCCGGUGAUGAGUGGUCCAGGACUCUAUGAUCCGACUACAAUCAUGAACGCUGACGUCUUGGCCUACUGUCAAAAGGAGGGCUGGUGCAAACUGGCCUUCUACCUCCUCUCCUUCUUCUACUAUCUCUAUGGGUAUGUUAUUAUCUCUACUACCUCUAUCUCUAUGGGUAUGUUAUUAUCUCUACUACCUCUAUCUCUAUGGGUAUGUUAUUAUCUCUACUACCUCUAUCUCUAUGGGUAUGUUAUUAUCUCUACUACCUCUAUCUCUAUGGGUAUGUUAUUAUCUCUACUACCUCUAUCUCUAUGGGUAUGUUAUUAUCUCUACUACCUCUAUGGGUAUGUUAUUAUCUCUACUACCUCUAUCUCUAUGGGUAUGUUAUUAUCUCUACUACCUCUAUGGGUAUGUUAUUAUCUCUACUACCUCUAUGGGUAUGUUAUUAUCUCUACUACCUCUCCUAUCUCUAUGGGUAUGUUAUUAUCUCUACUACCUCUAUCUCUAUGGGUAUGUUAUUAUCUCUACUACCUCUAUCUCUAUGGGUAUGUUAUUAUCUCUACUACCUCUAUCUCUAUGGGUAUGUUAUUAUCUCUACUAUCUCUAUCUCUAUGGGUAUGUUAUUAUCUAUACUACCUCUAUCUCUAUGGGUAUGUUAUUAUCUCUACUACCUCUAUGGGUAUGUUAUUAUCUCUACUACCUCUAUCUCUAUGGGUAUGUUAUUAUCUCUACUACCUCUAUCUCUAUGGGUAUGUUAUUAUCUCUACUACCUCUAUCUCUAUGGGUAUGUUAUUAUCUCUACUACCUCUAUCUCUAUGGGUAUGUUAUUAUCUCUACUAUCUCUAUGGGUAUGUUAUUAUCCCUGCUACCUCUCCUAUCUCUAUGGGUAUGUUAUUAUCUCUACUAUCUCUCCUAUCUCUAUGGGUAUGUUAUUAUCUCUACUAUCUCUAUGGGUAUGUUAUUAUCUCUACUACCUCUAUCUCUAUGGGUAUGUUAUUAUCUCUACUAUCUCUCCUAUCUCUAUGGGUAUGUUAUUAUCUCUACUACCUCUAUGGGUAUGUUAUUAUCUCUACUAUCUCUCCUAUCUCUAUGGGUAUGUUAUUAUCUCUACUACCUCUAUCUCUAUGGGUAUGUUAUUAUCUCUACUAUCUCUCCUAUCUCUAUGGGUAUGUUAUUAUCUCUACUACCUCUAUCUCUAUGGGUAUGUUAUUAUCUCUACUACCUCUAUGGGUAUGUUAUUAUCUCUACUACCUCUAUGGGUAUGUUAUUAUCUCUACUACCUCUCCUAUCUCUAUGGGUAUGUUAUUAUCUCUACUACCUCUAUCUCUAUGGGUAUGUUAUUAUCUCUACUAUCUCUCCUAUCUCUAUGGGUAUGUUAUUAUCUCUACUACCUCUAUGGGUAUGUUAUUAUCUCUACUAUCUCUAUAUGGGUAUGUUAUUAUCUCUACUACCUCUAUCUCUAUGGGUAUGUUAUUAUCUGUACUACCUCUAUCUCUAUGGGUAUGUUAUUAUCUCUACUAUCUCUAUCUCUAUGGGUAUGUUAUUAUCUCUACUAUCUCUAUGGGUAUGUUAUUAUCCCUGCUACCUCUCCUAUCUCUAUGGGUAUGUUAUUAUCUCUACUAUCUCUCCUAUCUCUAUGGGUAUGUUAUUAUCUCUACUAUCUCUAUGGGUAUGUUAUUAUCUCUACUACCUCUAUCUCUAUGGGUAUGUUAUUAUCUCUACUAUCUCUCCUAUCUCUAUGGGUAUGUUAUUAUCUCUACUACCUCUAUCUCUAUGGGUAUGUUAUUAUCUCUACUACCUCUAUCUCUAUGGGUAUGUUAUUAUCUCUACUACCUCUAUCUCUAUGGGUAUGUUAUUAUCUCUACUACCUCUAUCUCUAUGGGUAUGUUAUUAUCUCUACUACCUCUAUCUCUAUGGGUAUGUUAUUAUCUCUACUACCUCUAUCCUAUGGGUAUGUUAUUAUCUCUACUAUCUCUAUCUCUAUGGGUAUGUUAUUAUCUCUACUACCUCUAUCUCUAUGGGUAUGUUAUUAUCUCUACUACCUCCUAUCUCUAUGGGUAUGUUAUUAUCUCUACUACCUCUAUGGGUAUGUUAUUAUCUCUACUAUCCUCUAUCUCUAUGGGUAUGUUAUUAUCUCUACUACUAUCUCUAUCUCUAUGGGUAUGUUAUUAUCUCUACUACCUCUAUCUCUAUGGGUAUGUUAUUAUCUCUACUACCUCUAUGGGUAUGUUAUUAUCCUCUACUACCUCUAUCUCUAUGGGUAUGUUAUUAUCUCUACUACCUCUAUCUCUAUGGGUAUGUUAUUAUCUCUACUACCUCUAUCUCUAUGGGUAUGUUAUUAUCUCUACUACCUCUAUCUCUAUGGGUAUGUUAUUAUCUCUACUACCUCUAUGGGUAUGUUAUUAUCUCUACUACCUCUAUGGGUAUGUUAUUAUCUCUACUACCUCUCCUAUCUCUAUGGGUAUGUUAUUAUCUCUACUACCUCUAUCUCUAUGGGUAUGUUAUUAUCUCUACUAUCUCUCCUAUCUCUAUGGGUAUGUUAUUAUCUCUACUACCUCUAUGGGUAUGUUAUUAUCUCUACUAUCUCUAUGGGUAUGUAAUUAUCUCUACUAUCUCUAUCUCUAUGGGUAUGUUAUUAUCUCUACUACCUCUAUCUCUAUGGGUAUGUUAUUAUCUCUACUACCUCUAUGGGUAUGUUAUUAUCUCUACUACCGCUCCUAUCUCUAUGGGUAUGUUAUUAUCCCUACUAUCUCUCCUAUCUCUAUGGGUAUGUUAUUAUCUCUAUGGGUAUGUUAUUAUCUCUACUAUCUCUAUCUCUAUGGGUAUGUUAUUAUCUCUACUACCUCUAUCUCUAUGGGUAUGUUAUUAUCUCUACUAUCUCUAUGGGUAUGUUAUUAUCUCUACUAUCUCUAUGGGUAUGUUAUUAUCUCUACUACCUCUCCUAUCUCUAUGGGUAUGUUAUUAUCUCUACUACCUCUCCUAUCUCUAUGGGUAUGUUAUUAUCUCUACUACCUCUCCUAUCUCUAUGGGUAUGUUAUUAUCUCUACUACCUCUAUGGGUAUGUUAUCUCUACUACCUCUAUCUCUAUGGGUAUGUUAUUAUCUCUACUACCUCUAUGGGUAUGUUAUUAUCUCUACUACCGCUCCUAUCUCUAUGGGUAUGUUAUUAUCCCUACUAUCUCUAUGGGUAUGUUAUUAUCUCUAUGGUAUGUUUCUCUACUACUCUAUCUCUAUGGGUAUGUUAUUAUCUCUACUACUCUCCUAUCUAGGGUUGUAUUAUCUACUACUAUGGGUAUGUAUUAUCUCUACUAUCUCUAUCUCUAUGGGUAUGUGUAUUAUCUCUACUACCUCUAUCUCUAUGGGUAUGUUAUUAUCUCUACUACCUCUAUCUCUAUGGGUAUGUUUAUUAUCUCUUAUCAGUAUAUCUUUAUCUAUGGGUAUGUUAUACUCUACUACUCUCCUAUCUAUGGGUAUGUUAUUAUCUCUACUACCUCUCCUAUCUCUAUGGGUAUGUUAUUAUUCUCUCUCUCAUAUGCUAUGUAUCUAUCUAUCUCUACCUCUAAUGGUAUUUUAUUCUAACUACUUACCUCUAUCUCUAUGGGUAUGAUUAUACCUAUAAUCUCUAUGGUAUGUAUAACUACGCUCUUCCUUGUUUUUCAAGUUUACUUGCCAUUUAUAGUAAAUGCACUGGAAAUUUUACAAGAGCUGAUCUCUGUUAGAAUGAUCCUAAUGAAUAUCACACCAUUAGUUUAACCAAGAGCCAUUUUUGUAUUUUUAUCCAGUCUUCACUCCAGGCGAUAUGCCAGAGAAUCGAUAUCAACAUCCUCACCCUAAACAAAGUUUUUAUUUUCAUGAAUUUUUUCUAACAGGAUGAUCUACGUGUUGGUGAGCUCUUAGAGCGGUCGGCGCGGAAUGAUCUGCAUGUACAAGAUGAAUCACUUUGGUUUUAGUGGCUGGAGGAGAAGCUGAAACGGGACCUGCAGGAAGACUGA